UUUGUUCUUCUCCCUUCCUUCUCUCUUCUUGCUAUUUCUCCUUCCCUCUUCUCUAUUGCUCUCUUUCUUGCCCUGCCUCUGUUUGAAUGGUGUUGCCUGUCUGAGUGCUGCAUUUAUUUCAAGGACAUGUUGCUGCAGACCUCUUAUCUUUUAUGUGUACCUCCUCGACUGCAGCAUGUCACAUCCUGGAGUGCUCCGAGGGCUUAGCACAGGAAGUCAUCAGCACCAUCGGCCAGGCCUUUGAGCUGCGUUUCAAACAGUACCUGAAGAACCCCCCCAAACUGGUCACACCUCAUGACAGAAUGGCUCCGUUUGAUGGCUCUGCAUGGGAGGAAGAAGAUGACGAGGCUGUCCCUCCUCCUCCUCCUUCCACUGAGGUUCCUUACUAUAAUAAUUUUCCUGAUAAGCAGCCUCCCCCUGGUGGGCUGAUUGACAUGAGGACUCGUCCAGGAGCAACUCUGCCCUACGGGCAGCCAGGUCAGAGCGACAUUCACAAACAGCCUGUGCCUCCUCUACCAGUGGGUGCCAAAGAAGGAGGCCGGGAGCUGUUUGACGACCCGUCAUACGUGAAUGUGGAAAAACCCAGACCUUCUGUAGCAGCUAAUGGAAAUGCUCACAGAGACGUAUUUGACAUGAAACCGCUCGAUGAUGCCUUGGGAGUGUCUGGACACGCUGGCCCAACAUCAGUGGUGGUACCGCUGUCGCUGGUGCAAGAGUUGCAGAGCGAAAUCUGGUUCCACGGUAGCUUGAGUCGAAAAGAGGCGGAGAGACUGUUGACCCGAGACGGAGACUUCCUUGUCCGGGAAUCUGGGACCACUCCUGGGCAGUACGUCCUUACCGGACAGCAGGGGGGUCAGCCCAAACACCUGCUUCUUGUUGACCCAGAGGGAGUGGUGCGCACAAAAGACCACCGGUUCGGAAGCGUCAGCCACCUAAUCAGUUACCACACGGACAACAAACUGCCCAUUGUGUCAGCCGGGAGCGAAGUGUUCCUGCAGCAGCCAGUGGCGCGCAGGGCCUGAAGCCACGCACGCCAAUGAAAUACUCCACCAAAAAUAGACUCUCACUCCCUCUCCAAAUCCACACAACACACUCCCAAAAUCAUACGCUUUAAUACACACAACACUACACACAGCACUCCCAUGAAACGACACAUGACUACAAGCCAAAAUAAUUAAAAUAUAUCACCUGUUUCUCAGCAAAAAAAAAACAAAUCACUUUCUUAUUUCUGUUGCCACAUCUU